AUGCGUUUUAAUCUAGAGCACUCACAGUUGCAGGUGCAGAUGAUGUCGGCGGUGAGCGGGGAGCCAAUGCUGCGCCGCGUCAAACAGGAGGCAGAGCCGCCGCCCCAGUACUCGCCCGAGGCGCACGCAGAGCAGCCGUCGCAGCGCGCCGUUCAAAUGGUGCACGCGCCACAGCUCGACCUCGAGCCGAAGGAGGAGAUCAAGUUCAGCCUCUCGCCCGCCGGCGGCGUCGGCAACGCGAGCCCCGAGCGCCAGCACUGCUCGUCGACCACCACAGCGGCCGCGGCGGGCGGCGUCAGGGACGAGGACUCGCCGCGCCGCUACUGCCUCGUGUGCGGCGACGUCGCCUCCGGCUUCCACUACGGCGUGGCCAGCUGCGAGGCGUGCAAGGCUUUCUUCAAGCGGACCAUACAGAAUUCGCAGGGCAACAUCGAGUACACCUGCCCCGCGUCGAACGAGUGCGAGAUAAACAAGCGCCGCCGGAAGGCUUGCCAGGCGUGCCGGUUCCGCAAGUGCCUGCGCACCGGGAUGCUGCGCGAGGGCGUCCGCCUGGACAGGGUGCGCGGCGGCCGCCAGAAGUACAGGAGGGCGCCGGACGUGCCGCCCAGCCACUCGCAGAGGCCGCAGCUCGACGACAUCAAGGUCCUGGAAGCCCUGUCGUCGUACGAGCCGGAGUUACUGACCUGCGGAGCCCUCCCCGCCGGGGUCACCGACCCCACGGCGAGGACCCUCGCGCUGCUCGCGGACCUCUACGACAAGGAGCUGGUCGGCGUUAUAGGGUGGGCGAAGCAGAUACCGGGCUUCACCGACCUCCAGCUCAACGACCAGAUGCGGCUGCUGCAGAGCACGUGGGCGGAGAUGCUGAGCCUGAUGCUGGCGUACCGCUCGUUGCCGGGCAACGCGCCGCCGGUGGGCGCGCCUUCCACGCUGCGGCUGCGCUUCGCCGCCGACCUCACGCUCGACGAGCAGCAGGCGCGCGACAUCGGCGCGCUCGACCUCUACCUGCAGGUGUGCGGAGUGGCGAGGAGGCUGGAGCGAGCUGGUGCGCUCCGCGAGGAGUGCUACCUGCUGAAGGCUCUGGUGCUCGCCAAUUCGGAGGCGCGCCUCGACGAGCACGCCGCCCUUCGCCGCUUCCGGGACACGAUCCUCGCCGCCCUCAACGAUGCCGUCGCCGCCCUCAGGCCGUACAACGCGAACGCCGCGCUGCAGCAGCUGCUGCUGGUGCUGCCGGCGCUGCGGCACGCGGACGUGGCGGUGAGACGCUUCUGGGCGGCCGUGCACCGCGAGCGGCGCGCCCCCAUGAACAAGCUCUUCGUCGAGAUGCUCGAGGCGUGCCUGCGCGUGCGGCCGCAGUGGGAUCCUGGCGCUUCGACCACACUUUGUGAGCACGCCGGCGUUAGUGUGCACCCGUUUCCGCCUCGCGAACGCAGCGUCCGCUCCGUAGAGUUGUCCCUAUCCGGC